CUUUUCCUUUUCCCUCAAAUAAAUAAAAAAGAAAAAGAACAGAGAAAAGGCUAUUCACUUUCCUUUUGCUUUCAAAAACUUUCACGAAAAGAGUAUCAUCUCUCUCUCUAACAGAUUCAGAUCCAUUCCACUAACGUUUAGAGACUAUUAUCCUGCCAAGAGUAGUUCAUAAAUUAAGUUGAUGGGGGGCAAAAGUUCAAGGCAAGCCAAUUGGAGUUCGAAUCCAUCUUCAUGGGAUGCCUAUCAACAACCAUCAUAUAGUCAAGAAAGUUUUAAUCAUUCACCACCACCACCACCACCACCACAGCAACCUUAUGCAUCACAACAAUCAUUUGGGUCGCAGCAGCAUUAUUCUUCCUCUCAAGACUACGGGGGUGGCGGCGACAGAAGAAGGCUCGACAGGAAGUAUUCAAGGAUUGCAGAUGAUUACAAAUCAUUACAUCAGGUGACCGAGGCUCUUGCACGUGCUGGUCUUGAAUCUUCCAAUCUCAUUGUUGGUAUUGAUUUCACAAAGAGCAAUGAGUGGACAGGUGCCAGGUCAUAUAACAGACGAUGCUUGCAUCAUAUCGGCGAUGGUUUUAAUCCAUAUGAACAAGCAAUAUCCAUUAUUGGGAAAACGCUGGCUGCCUUUGAUGAGGAUAACUUGAUUCCCUGUUUUGGAUUUGGGGAUGCAUCAACACAUGAUCAGGACGUCUUCAGUUUCUAUCCAGAUGAGAGGUUUUGCAAUGGAUUUGAGGAAGUUUUGAGUCGGUAUAGGGAAAUCGUGCCCAAUCUACGACUUGCAGGACCUACAUCAUUUGCACCAAUCAUUGAAAUGGCAAUGACCAUUGUUGAGCAGAGCGCUGGCCAGUACCAUGUACUAUUGAUAAUUGCAGAUGGACAGGUUACUAGAAGUGUUGAUACCGAGCAUGGCCAGCUAAGUCCACAGGAACAGAAGACCGUCGAAGCCAUUGUACAAGCAAGCAAGCUUCCCUUAUCUAUUAUAUUAGUUGGGGUGGGAGAUGGGCCCUGGGAUAUGAUGAGGGAGUUUGAUGAUAACAUUCCUGCUCGAGAUUUUGAUAAUUUCCAGUUUGUGAAUUUCACAGAAAUAAUGUCAAAGAAUGUGGACACAUCAAGAAAGGAGACAGAAUUUGCGCUUUCUGCUCUGAUGGAAAUUCCUUCUCAGUACAAGGCAACUAUAGAGCUUAGUAUAUUGGGUCAGAGCAAGGGAAUUGUUUCUGAGAGAGUUGCCCUGCCUCCACCUUUGUAUGGUGCAGCAUCUUUCAGCAGCUCUAAGCCUUCUCGUCCUGCCAGUUUUAAGCCAAGUGUUCCUUCUUAUCAAAGAGACAGCCAACCUUUCAGCUCAGCUCCACCUGCUACGUGUUCAACUUAUGAUAAUCAGCUUUGCCCUAUUUGCCUCAGUAAUUCGAAGGACAUGGCCUUUGGUUGUGGGCAUCAGACAUGUUGCGAAUGUGGAGAAACCCUUCAGUUAUGUCCAAUCUGUCGAAGUACGAUCGAAACAAGAAUAAAGCUCUUUUAAGUAGCAUUCUGCGUUAACAGUCUCAUUCAUUAUUGUUAUUUUUUUGUUUUGUUUUUUAUUCGUUAUUUAAAUCUUGCAAAUGUUUGGCCAGUUGGUCUCAGAUUCAGAUGCAUGUCCGUUUGUACAUUCUCCCAAUUCUCAUGCUUGCAAUUUUAGUUUUUGUAAGGAUAUCAAUAAGAGAGAAGUUCUAGUCCUGCUGGGUGGGUAACCUUUGAAGUCCAGUCCCCAUUUUUCAUGUGAUUGUUCAGUUUCUCCUUCACUGCUGAAUCAUAUUGGAUUUUCAAUGUAGAGUUUUCUAAUUUCUGUGA